AAAAGCAACAGUCGGCCACGCUUGCCACUAAAAUCAUUCCGGGGGAUCAUUUAGUUUCCCCCUAAUUCAUUUUAUUCCAAUAUUGCUGUAGUGCUGUAUUUCUCCUAAAUCAGUUUCAAGAAGUCAUUCUAUACUUUACAAUUCACAAUGGCCGAUCUGGACGAUUUCUUCGCGAAGAAAGACCGCAAAAAAUCAAAGUCGGUCAAAAAGUUCGCGACUGCCGAUGAACUAGCAAAAAAAUUGGAGGAUACAAAACAAAAAACCGAUGUAAGGCCGAAGAAGGAGCGCCCAGUCCAGGAGGGCGAAGAGACCGGGCGACCGGGGGAGGAGGAAGAAUGGAAAGACUACGAGGAACCAGUAAAAGACUACACAGGUCUCAAGAUCCAUGUCCUCCAGGGGAAUGCUGGAGCACAGGAGUCUGGCCGCGAUAGUUCUGCUGAAGAUUCAGCGCCUGAAAAUACUAAGAACAAGGGCCCGUGGAACAAACCGGUUGAAGUUGAGCAAGCGGCUGCUCCCCCACAACCGCCUCCUGAAGAGAAGCCGAAAUCACAGCCUUCUACAUAUGUUCCACCGCAGUCGCGUAAUCGUGAAGUGGAACCAGUACGUCGGCACCAGAGCAAGAACGCUCCAGAUAUUCACAACGACGACUACUUCCCGGUGCUGGGCGCGGGAGGCAAGCGAGGUGGCGGCUGGAGCACCGCCGGGGGCGGAGCUCCCGCCCGCGCCAGUGCUGUCCGUCAGCCGUUGGCGCUCGGCAACCGGUACACUUCCUUGCAGGACGACAGCUAGCCAGGUAAAAGUCAGUUUCGCAAGGAGAAGCAGUAAAGUGAAGUGUCAAUACGGACUUGUAAGCAAAGCCAGGCGUAUAGCUAACUUCUACACUAUAUAAUACAAACAAGAACAAUGGCGCACUUCCAGAGUUAAUUUAAUAAAAUCCCACCUGCGAAAUGUAUAAAACAAGUGACAGUUGCUAUGAAAAUUAUUGACAUUUAAUUUAUAUAUUAUCUGUGCGAUUUUGACAGAAAUUGUGCAUUCCGUACAAAACAUUAAGCCCUAAAAAUGAAAGGGAGGUAGUAUUACAGACAAAAAGUAUUUUCUGUUUAAUAGUGUAAAUAGGUCACAUAUACUUUAUUACUAAAAUGUAACAAAUAUCUAAUUUUAUUAUAAAUUCGUAGGCAGUUUAUAUAAAAUUAUUUUUUCAAAUUUCGAACUAAUGUAGAGAAUAUAUAAUAGUUAGUGAAUUUUUUUAUUGUAUUAUGGAAUAUUUCCGUAGUUGUGGAUUGUCUUCGAAUAACAAAUGCAUUCAUCUUAAAAUAAUUAAUAAGUAGAUAAAUAAUAACAUGUUGAAACAAUGUGAAAUUUUACAUAGCAACUGUUUAGUGCAGAAACGUGGAAGUGUGCUUAUAUUCGUUAUUUUCUAUGUUUAUAAUGAAGAACUUUACAUAUAUCGAAAUAGCAGUGUUAUGUAAGUCGUGUGAUGAAGAUGAAUCUAGAGAAAUUUUGUGAAACUUUCAAAGGACAACAGUGUUCAUGCGUGGGACGACUUUAAAGAAGAAAAUUAAAAAAAAAAAAAAUAGCAACAUUAAAAACUUUUUGGUUACCUCUUGUACAUUUUAUUGUAUUCGAAGUAUAAAUAUUAACGUUAUCGGCAAAUCAUUCAAAACAUAUUGUACCAUAGUAAAUAAAUUAUGUAUUUAAACUU